AUGUUUUAUUCAGCAGGAUUGCCAUUCACUUUAGCAAGGAACCCAUACUUUCAAGCAGCCUUCACUUUUGCAGCGGAUUAUAAUAUUGGAGGUUAUUUGCCACCAGGAUAUAAUUCAUUGCGAACCACUCUUUUGCAGAAAGAGAAGGAAAAUAUUGAUAGGUUGUGUGCACCUAUUCGAGCUGGGUGGAAAGACAAGGGUGUUAGUAUUGUGAGUGAUGGAUGGAGUGAUUCACAAAGGAGGCCACUUAUUAAUUUCAUGGCAGUAUCUGAUGGUGAAGCUAUGUUUUUGAAAUCAGUUGAUUGUUCAGGAGAGACUAAGGAUAAGCAUUUUAUUAGGAUGUUGUUAAAAGAAGUAAUUCAAGAAGUUGGGCAUGAAAAAGUGGUUCAAGUAAUCAUGGAUAAUGCUGCAAAUUGUAAGGGAGCAGGGCAUCUUAUUGAGCAAGAAUUUCCAUCUAUUACUUGGACACCAUGUGUUGUUCACACACUGAAUUUAGCUGUGAAAAAUAUUUGUGCUGCAAAAAAUGUGGAGAAUAAUCAAAUAGCAUAUGAGGAAUGUAGUUGGAUUUCUGAUAUUGUUGGAGAUGUUUCUGCAAUAAAGAACUUCAUAAUGAAUCAUUCUAUGAGACUGUCAAUGUUUAAUGAGUUUGUGGGAUUGAAGUUGCUUUCUAUAGCUGAAACCCGCUUUGCUUCCAUGAUUGUGAUGCUAAAGAGGUUCAAAUUGAUAAAAUGUGGUCUCCAAAAUAUGGUAAUCAGUGAAAAAUGGAGUUUGUAUAAAGAUGAUAAUCUAGGACGGGCAAGAAUGGUUAAAGAUAAGAUUUUGGAUGAUCUUUGGUGGGAUUCAACUGAUUAUAUACUUGCUUUCACUGCUCCUAUUUAUAAUAUGAUCAGGAUUUGUGACACUGAUAAACUGUUGCGGAUCUAG